AUGAUUUAUACUCAACCAAGUCCUGAUACUGUAGCUAGGUUUAAUCAAUUGCCUAGUCUUCGGGAAGCUAAUGAAGCAAGAAAGAAACAAGUUACUAAGGAGACUUUUAAGACUUUAGUCAAAUUUAUUAGUUUUGGGAUCGGUGGGGUUAGUGGUCGUUUAAUUAGUAAAGUACAAAGAGUACAAAGUGCCUUUAAAAAGCUUGUUGACUUGAUUCAAGAUAAUGCAGAAUCCAAGAUGAUCAGUCAAAUCGAAAAUGAAGUUAAUGAAGAACUACGCGAAAUGCAUGAUGUGGAUAUUAUAGAACUUGAAUUACCAGAAAUAAAGGCCAAGGGCAAGAAACGUAGAACAAAAAUUGGAAAUUGUCAUUUAGGUGAUAUAGGUACAACAUUCAUCUGUAGUACCCUCACCUGA